AGUACUACUUCACAGGACGACAUCGAAAUAUCACAGGCCAUGGAUCUAACAACAAUGGGUGCUCUCUGUGAGCUAAUCCCUCAAGAUCGAAAGGAUUUUUUUCAACGAACCGUCGAUAUCCUUGAUGAUACAUACCCGGACGGCUGGCGUUCAUGGGGGGUGAAAAAUGUAUCCUAUUCAGACCUCUUCGGAAAAUCAAUCUCACCGGCUGUUGAAGCAAAAUUACGCUUCGCCGUCCCUACCGCAAGGCUAGCUCUGGCAUACUCACCGGAUGACUGUUCCCUCUCCGAGAAAAAAUACCGCAUAAUCAAAAGGAUGAUGCUUCAGUGGCCACUAGGACGAGCGCUUCUGUACGCUCCGCACAAAAUUAUGGAGGAAAUUCAUCAAGAGUCGUAUGAUGUCUUCAUGCAUACAGUAAAAACACUGAAACCCCAGCUUACCUCUGUAAGAGGGAACUCCCCAAGAAAACGGAGCUCGUUGUCACCUCAACCUGGCUGCUCGUCGGCUGCCAAAACACCUCGCCGCGAAUCAGAUCCCAGUGAUCCCCAACUACAGCAGUCAUUUUUUGAAAAAAUGGUAGACCUUCUCGCAAAUCAGACUCAGGCAAUCGAAGGCAUUGCCGCUCAGAUUUCUACCCUAUCGUCAAGAAGCGAGCAAAGUAUCGCGGAUGAAUCCGAAUCAGAUGCCGAAAGCACACUUUCUGAUACAAAUUUUUCGGCACCGUCGCUUAACGUUAUCCCAAAAAGUGCCGUUGACGCCGAAGACACACAGGAAGCACUGCUGACAACACAAAUUGCAGAAGCUGAAAAAAAGCUAGCAGCAUUAAAAGCAGCUAGCAGUGUCGAAAAUUUAUUCAAUUAUGACUUCACACCAUCAACAGUUGAAGCAGAACCAAAAUUAGCAAAGGCUGACCAUCGGCUAGUCGAACAGGGGCGUAGAUGCCAACGACUUAAUGACGAGGGUUGGAAAAAUGUACGCUACGCCGAAGUACAAAAAACGUUCCACGCUACCCCAGUAUUUGGAGCACUCAAGGUUAACAACCUCCUGGCUACAUCAACGCCUUCGUGGAACUCAACUGCACAAUUAGAAAAAACAGAUCUCACUUUAGGUGCAAUAACACACGGAUUGCUCCUACAGAGGAAAGCGUUCCAAGAGAUCUGUAAAACAUUAGAUGCAAAGGCUCAACAGGAUAUACAGAAGCACCUCCUGGCUCCCGACAGCACUUUUCGGAAAAUCUCCGAUGGUCUCCUUCAGUACACAUGUGGCCGGAGGGCCGAAAUAAUUCAGCUGCGACGGGAGAUUUACAAAUCACCGAACAAGAUUCUUAACGAGAUAUUACAUGACAUCCCGCCUUCAGAUACACACCUCUUCGAUGACGAAAAACUAUCAGAAGUGGUGAAAAAUCAGGGGGGGGCACACAAGUUCUUCCCCAGGAAGACAACUCCCGGCUUCAAAACCGGAAAGAAACCUUUCACUUCAAAGGGUCAAAGUAAAUCUCAAAACGGGAAAGCUUACAAUAGGAAGCAGCCACCGAUGAAGAAUUUUCGUCCAAAACAAGAAACCUCAGGAAACAACAACAAACCUAGAACAGGUCAAAAUCAAAACUCAACGAAAAAACCCUAAAUCUAAGACUUAUCCAGAUCGCAGCAAAAUCUCUACCAGACACAGAAAAAUACAGGAGUUUUCAAUUACCACACCAGGUAAAACAGGAACUGCGCUGGUGGCUUCAAAAUUUGACAAAAACGUCGACAAUACAAACUGCCCCACCAUCAG